CCCUGACGGGUUACCGUGUGACGAGCCACGGGUCCUCCGUCGAGGGCCAGCGCAGAGACACCCUGGAGGAGUUUGUGGGUCCGACCAGACCUCCAUGAACCUGGAGGGCCAUGAGUCCCGGGGUGGAGCACGAGAUCAGCGUGGUGGCAGUGAAGGGAGACCAGGAGAGCAAGGCCAGUGUCCACCACCGUCACGCCAGCCAUACCGCCGCUCCGCGUAGACUUUGUGGACAUUACUGACACCACCAUGGGCCUGCGCUGGACCCCGCUGACACACAGCGCCGUCACGGGCUACCGCAUCACCGUGGUAACCGUGGGCGGGAGCCAGCCCAUCGUGCGCGACACGGUCGACCGGUCCUCGGGCCGCUACACGGUGGUGGGCCUGGAGCCCGGCGUGGACUAUGACAUCAGUGUCGCCACGGUGACGGAGAACGGCGAGAGCACGCCGGUCACACACACAAUGCACACGCAGACGGGCGUCCCCGCUCCGGAGAACCUGAGGGUCGGAGGGGUGGGCUCCGACCACAUGAGGGUGACCUGGUCCAUCCCCAGCGUGCCCACGCCCAGCCAGAUCUCCCGCUUCGUGGUGCGCUACCAUCCGGUGGCCAGCGACGAGGACGUGAGAGAGAUCAACGAGGGCGGAGCCACCAACACCGUCCUGCUGCAGAACCUCCUGCCCUACACCGAGUACCACAUCAGCGUGGUGGUUGUGUUCGGAGACCGAGAGAGCGUGCCGGUCACAACAACACAGAAAACCACCCUGGACUCCCCCACCGGUCUGGACUUCUCUGAAAUCGCCACCAAUUCCUUCACCGUCCACUGGGUGGCGCCCACGGCCGUGAUCAGCGGCUACCAGCUGCGCUACGAGCAGGUGAACAACAAGCGGGUCAGGGAGGAGCGCCUGCCCCCAAGCCGGAACCACUACACCCUGACCACCCUGGAGCCCGAUACCGAGUACCUGGUGUCACUGUUCGCCGUCAACGCCCGCGACGAAAGCCUACCUCUGACCGGCACUCAGGGCACUACCUCGGACGCCCCCAGUGACCUGGCGGUGGUCUACUCUGAGCCCACCAAGAUCAGCAUCAGCUGGGACGCCCCCUCGGCCCCAGUGAGGUACUACAGGGUCACCUACGGGACCCAAGCUGGGGAGACCCCACAGGAGUUCACCCUGCCAGGCAGGGAGACCAACGCCACCAUCACCGGUCUGAGCUCAGCCACCGACUACACCAUCACCGUGUACGCCGUCAGCGGGCGGGGGGACAGCCCCUCCUACAGCACCCCCGUCGCCGUCAAACACACCACCGAAAUGGACAGCCCUGUCGGCCUGGAGGUCACCGGGAAGACCAUCGACUCCCUGACCGUCCGCUGGAGCCCCGCGCCGGGCCCCGUCUCCGGCUACAGGAUCUCCAGCACCCCCGAGAACCAGCCCAGUGACACCUUCUCCGAGGUCCUGGGCCCAGCCCAGACAGAGAGGACCAUCACUGGCCUGAACCCGUCCACGGUCUACACAGUCCGGGUGUUCGCCCUGGACAAGGACAACAAGGCCUCCCCGCCCGCCGUGGAGACCGCCACCACUGACAUGGACGCCCCCAAGCAGCUGAGCUUCUCCGACGUGGACUCCACCUCCAUGCGGAUCUCCUGGGCGCGUCCCAGCGGCACCGUCUCCAAGUACCAGGUGCUGUACUCCCUCCCCGGGGACCGGGAGCGGGAGCUGCGCCCGGCCCCCCGCCCCGACCAGAGCACCGCGCUGCUGCGCGGCCUGCGACCCGGCGCCGUGUACACCGUCAAGGUCAUCGCCUACCAGGACCGCCGCCCCAGCCGCCCGCUGGUGGGCUCCCAGGCCACCGCCAUCCCCGCUCCCACGGACCUGAAGGUGGACUCCCUGGAGGCCACCACGGUGGUCCUGUCCUGGCGCGCCCCCGACUCCCAGCUCACGGGCUACCGCGUGGUGUUCCACCCCAAGGACAGCUACCAGGGGCCCGCCAAGGAGCUGAACCUGGCCCCCGACACCACCAGCGCCACCGCCAGCGGCCUGAUGGUGGGAACCACGUACAUUGUCCAGGUGUUUGCGCUUCAAAACACUCUCUCCAGCCAACCAUUAACAGAAGAAGUCACCACACUGCAAGAAGUGAGCGCUCCGCGACAGGUCGUCGUCAGGGAGAGGACAGAGAACUCCUUCACUCUGGUGUGGCGAACCAAGAUGGAGCCCAUCUCCGGCUUCCUCAUCAUCACCACGCCCGUGGACAGAUCCAGCGGCCCCAUCAGGGAGGUGGUCCCGGGGGACAGGAAGCAGUUCACCCUGACCGGUCUGCAGCCGAACACGGCCUAUGAGAUCGCCAUGUACACGCUGAAAGGGGACGCGAAGAGUCCCCCCUACAUCAUCACUGAGACCACAGCCGCGCCGGCGUUCCUGCCCCCGACCAACCUGGAGUUCUUGUCCUUGACCCCCACCAGCGUGUCCUUCCGCUGGCUGCCCCCCUCCACCCGCCUCAGCGGGUACUAUAUCACCUACGAGGAGUCCGGCGGACCCCCGCGCGCACUCAGCCAAUCCCCCCACGCCGGCCAGACCUACGCCACCAUCCACGGCCUGAGACCCAACACCCGGUACCUCAUCAAGAUCUACGCCGUGCAGAACCACCGGAAGAGCCCAGCCCUGGAGGGCAAAGUCAACACCAAAGUGGAGCCCUCGCUUAUCCCCACCAGCCCCGAGGAACCCGACACCUCCGACAUCCUGGUGACCUCCAGCGGCCAGCCGGGCCAGGACGGCCACGGCCAGGGCGUGGAGUACGAGUACAGCGGUACCGGCGGCGGCGGCGGCACGCCCCAGCCCCAGCGCGAGACGCUGGUGCUGCUGCCGCUGCCCGACCGCGACGGGAACCGCAUCCCCGUGGUGGAACCCCAGCUGCCCGCUGUUAACCCGUAUGCUUUCAUAGAGCAGUCCACCGGGCUGCCCCAGGAGGCCCAGACCCGCACCACCGUCCGCUGGCCCGCCUACCGCCAAAGCACCGCCUACCUGGUCACCUGCCGCCCGCCCUCCCAGAGCGGGGAGACGGAAUUCCAGAUGCGUCUGCCCAACACCGCCACUGGCGCCACCCUGGUGGGCCUGAGCUCUGGGGUCUCCUACAACGUCAUCGUGGAGGCACUGAGGGGGCUCCUGAAGGAGAAGAUCCUGGACACCUACAUCACCGCCGGCAACUCAGUCAGCGAAGGCGGGGCCUCUGGCAGCGACUCCUGCUACGACGCCUUCACGGCCACCACCCACGAGGUGGGCGCCCAGUGGGAGCGCAUGUCCGAGACGGGCUUCAAGCUGUGGUGCAAGUGCCUGGGCAUGGGCAGCGGCCACUUCCGCUGCGACUCCUCCAAGUGGUGUCAUGACAACGGCCACAACUACCGCGUGGGCGAGAAGUGGGACCGCAAGGCCGACAACGGCCACAUGAUGAGCUGCACGUGUCUGGGCAACGGCAAGGGCGAGUUCAAGUGUGAACCGCAUGAAUCGGUGUGUUACGAUGAGGGGAACUCGUACAAUGUGGGCCAGCAGUGGCAGAAGGAGUACGAAGGAGCCAUCUGCACCUGCUCCUGCUUUGGAGGACAGCAGGGCUGGCGUUGUGAGAACUGCCGCAAGCCGGGCACAGGGGUGGAUGCCAGCCUGCUACAGCCGGUCCGCUAUGGUGACAACAACCCCUUCAAACCGAAACUACACUGUCCCAUCGAAUGUCUCCGACCAGACCUGCUGGCUGACGCCAUCCACAGCCCCCUGGAGUAGAAUCAUUCCCCCCCCCCCCCCCCCCCAUCAUUGUCAGUUCCCCGGGUUGUCAUAGCGACAAGCCUAACACACUGAAACUGUUGCUCUGCUACUCGUAUCUAGAUUUUCUGUUCUACGUUUGCUUUGACUUUCCAUCCCUAGUGCCUUUCUCUUCAUUGCACAGCACCUUGUAUUUCACUGCGUUUCUGUGUUCUUACCUUUUCCGAGAGCAUGUCGCUCUCCUAUUUUAUACUCAUAAAUCUCACCAUUUUUAUGUAUUGUGGCACAAAAUAUGAUUUCUUAAUGGCAGUGUACAAGCUGUCCUAAAUCAAGCACUGUUGUGCAGAAUGUGGCUGUAAUAAGCAGUGGAAUGUACAUGGAAGUGCAUGUUUGGUUCGUGGCCUCCCGUCUCUUAGUAGGGAGGAGCUAGAAGUGUGUGGUGGACACAGAGUGAGUUCGUUAUGUUCCUCAGAACUAUUUUUUCUAAUUUAUCCUUCCUGUCACUGUGUGUGUGAGUGCCUGUAGUGGGGUGUGCAAGAUUAUUUUUGUAUUUUUUUGUACUGCUCCUGUAACAAGAAUCUGAAUUUAAUAAAGCUGGACAGAUUUAAACAA